AUGGCUAAUAUAUACUACAUACUAUCUUACUACUAUCUUAUCGUUGCCUUCGUACCCGCCUGCCUCGCAGCCGCCACCGGUGCUGAGAGCCCUAGAGCCUGCCGCCUAAGCAACUGUCUCUGCAACGGCAUCCAGGGACAAUUCUGUGGCAACCAGAAAGUCAAUGCUGCCUGCACCAACGGCCACGUCUUCGAGUGUGCUAAGGGUACUGGAAAGGCCUGUGGCUAUGGGGUUAGAGACUCCUACCGCAAGUGCGGAAAGCUAAAGUGCUAG